AUGUUCUCCAAGACUCUCGUCCAGGCUCUUGCCAUCACGGCCCUCACCAGCGUCGUUGCUGCCGACUGCAACCAGGGCAAUGCCGCCGCCAUCUCCCUCUUCGAGUCCUGCGGUCAGGUCCAGGGUUCCAUGAACGUCUGCACCACCGGUGCCGUCACUUCGUGCUCCUGCUCCGUCCUGUCCCACCAGUCUGCUUGCUACUCCAGCUACAAGGAGAACUACUGCCCCACCUGGGUCUACCAGAACGACUACUUCUCGGCCAACUGCGGUGCCAACCUCCCCUCCGAGACCAGCAGCAGCAAGUCGGACAAGCCCGCCUCCACCUCCGCCGAGGCCACCUCGACCGCCGCCGCUUCCUCGUCCGCCUCCGCCACCGCUGAGAGCUCUUCCUCUGCCUCGUCCGGCUCCGGCUCCGGCUCUUCUGCCGCCGCCGCCUCCACCGGCUCCUCGGCCUCCACCCCGGCCGGUGCCUCGUCCACCGGCGCUGCAGGUUCGUCCUCGGCUUCUGCUUCCGCCUCUCGCUCGGGUUCCAGCUCCGCCGCUGCCUCGGCUUCCGCUUCGGGCUCCGCUUCGUCGGCUGCCAGCUCGGCCGCCGGUGCUAGCACCCCCGGCAGCACUCCCAGCGCCUCUGCUUCGGCCUCCGCUGACGGUAACAACGCCGCAGGUGUUUUCGGCGUCGACUCCCUGCUCAUGGGCGCCGGUCUCCUGGCCGCGCUCUUCUAA